UUUCAUUGAUAUACAUAUACUUCUUCGGUAUUAAAAAUUUAUCAUAAAAAUGAAACGAAAUACAUCAAGUUAUUCGUAUCAUGAUGAGAGAUUUAGACAAUUACGCAAUGAAGAUAACGAAAUUGGUCUGCGUUCAAGAACAAAAGAAGAACGUUUACAACAUAAACGCGAAGAAUGGAUGAUACAACAAGAACGAGAACGAGAAUACGAAAAAUUGAAAAAGAAGAGGAUUUUAGAAUAUGAAUUACGACGUGCUCGUGAGAAGAAAUUAUUGAAAAGAAGUAAAACUAAAAGUAAAUCUCCAGAAAAUCGAGAUACAUCAAAGACAUCUAAAAUAUUUAUAUUAUCUGAAAAAUUAGAAUCUUCAAAUGAUAUAUCUUUAUUUAGAGGAUCAGGUACUCAAAUUAAUGCAACAGAACUACGAAAAAUUAAGGUAGAUAUUCAUAGAGUUUUGCCAGGAAAACCAACAACAGCAACAACUGAUGAACUUAAACGAGAUAUUAUCAAUCCUGAAGAUGUGAUGCUCAAAAGAAGAACGGGAGAAGGAUCUAAGCCUAUAUUUGAAAGAGAAGAAAUAAAAGAUGUAUUAAAAACAAAUGAAAUUACAGAACAUCGUACAGUUUUAGUUGUAAAUAUUAAAGGAUCAGAAAACGAAAUAACAUGCAAAAAUCAUGCUACUUCAUCAAAUUCCUUAAGAAGUCGAAGUCGUAGUCUUCAACAUACAUCGUCUCAUUAUUCCAGCCUUGCUUCACAAGAGAUACAAGAAAUAGCAGGAUUGAACAAGAAUAUUUGUCAUCUUCUGUGCCAACAUUAUCUUCCUCUUCAAAAAAAAAAUGCAGGCAUUUCGCGGGAAAGAAAUUGCAGUAAAGAUAGAAAUAGAAAAUAUAAAAAAAAGGACAGGCAAUAUGAAAAAUUAUACAAUGAAAAACUUUUACAAGAAAAGACAAAUCGUAAGCGUUAUUCUCGUUCAAGAGAACGAGAGCAAAAAUCACACAAAAAUGAAAAUUCUUAUCAAGAAUAUCGAGAAACAUUGAGAGAACGAUCUCGAGAUAGAAGAGAACGAGAAAGAUCUAGAGAAUGUAGAUCAAUUUCAUCUUUAUCAAACAAUUACAAUUGCAAUAACAAUUACGAACAUUACAAACAUAACCAUUACAAUUACAAACAUAACCAUUAUAACAAACAUUAUAACAAACAUUUAUAUUACAAUAUUAAUUAUAUUGAACAAAUUCCUGUUCCUGUUUAUUAUAGGAAUUUUCCAUCAGAACCAAUAAUGAUUAGACCUUGGGUUUCAAUGCAAAAACAAGUACCAAGAUUUAGGUAUAUUGGUCCAUUAACACCACCACGAUUCAUUCCACCAAAUAUGUAUAGACCACAUCCACCUCUAAAUCUUAGUAUGUUUAUAAAUUUAUAUUGA